UUUUUUUGUGAGUGCCUGUCUGUUGAACCCCUCACUGACUCUCCAAAUCUCGCGGGAUAUAAAGGAAAUAAAAAGGGGUGAAUCUAAAAGAGAGGAGCAAAAGAGAUUAAGACAAACAGGAGCCGCCUAUAUGAAGAUGCUGAUGUGUGACCGCGGCGUCCAGAUGCUCGUGACGACGGUGGGCGCGUUCGCCGCCUUCAGCCUCAUGACCAUCGCCGUCGGUACCGACUACUGGCUGUACUCGCGCGGGGUCUGCCGCGUGAAGAGCAGCGGCGACAACGACACGAGCCGCAAGAACGAGGAGGUGAUGACGCACUCCGGCCUCUGGCGAACCUGCUGUCUGGAAGGAACAUUCAGAGGUGUGUGUAAGAAGAUCGAUCACUUCCCAGAGGAUGCGGACUAUGAAGCAGAUGCUGCUGAAUACCUCCUCCGUGCUGUGCGUGCCUCCAGUAUCUUCCCCAUCAUGAGUGUGGGUCUGCUGUUCCUGGGGGGGCUCUGUGUGGCCGCCAGUGAGUUUUACCGGAGCCGACACAAUGUCAUCCUCAGUGCAGGAAUCUUCUUCGUCUCUGCAGGUCUAAGUAACAUCAUAGGAAUUAUUGUCUAUAUCUCUGCCAACUCGGGUGACCCGGGCCAGAGCGACAGUAAAAAGUCCUACUCCUACGGCUGGUCCUUCUACUUUGGCGCCCUAUCCUUCAUCAUGGCAGAAAUGGUGGGUGUGCUGGCCGUGCACAUGUUCAUCGAGAAGCACCGCAAGCAACGGGCCAAGUCCCGCACCGAGCUCAUCAAAAAGUCCGCCUUCAGCCGCAUCCCCUCCUAUCGCUACCGCUUCCGGCGUCGCUCCAGUGUGCGCUCUUCUGAGGCCCCGAGCCGUGACACCUCACCGCUGGGGAAAGGCGGCUACACAGGGCCCGCCGCCUCCGAGAUGCCCAUGUACACGCUAAACCCACGCGAGGCAGGCAACGCCGGCACCAAACCUGGCAGCGGCAUGGGCGGGCUGCUCAACUCAGAAAGGGAUUUCCUCCAGAGCAGCACGCUCACUAAAGACUACAGCAAGGACCCCAACCGCAGGACCACGCCUGUCUGAGAGGUGCCGGCUGCAGAUAUCGCCCAAUCAAAGUAUCAAAGAGAAGGAGGAUGGGAAAUACAGGGGGAGUGCAAGCAAAAGCAGGGGACACACAGGGUUACGUGGGUGGGAAUGGGGUUUGAUAAACUUUGACUGUGAACUGUGAACUUUUAGCCUUUGAACUGUGAAUCCUGAGCCCUGUGAGAGUUUCAGUGUGUGUAGCAGCGUCGGUUUUGAUGGAGAAGUUGUUCCCAACUCCACUUUACCACAUAUCACUGUAGUUAUACCUGUAACUCCUUACAUAUGAAGGCACAUUCGAUUUAUGUUCAUGAGUGUUAUGUUCAUAAAUUGACUUUCUGGCUUUUUCGAGGGGGAAACGGGAUUGAACCAAGUUUAAAAGCAUAUCGUAAGUGGUUUGCUGUUUGGGACAACUUCUCCUAAAAAAAAAAAAAAAAUGAAAAUAAUGUGAACUAAAGGAGAAGAGGAAAGAGUUGAGAGACUCUGUGUGAUCUCUGUCCUCCUGACCUUUUGGAUAGCAGUUGGAUUAGUGCAGGGUACAGCCGUUGAGCUGUUUCUCUGAUUACGAUGCUAUUUAAAAGUGCGGACGUUAACACCUCGGGAUAGGGAUUGAUUCAUUUUCAGUUCAGCUGGAUUCAAAAAUAUUAAUUGAAGAUGCAGUUUGUCCAUUUAUGGCAGCACAUUUGUGGCACUAGUUAUUAUUUUCUAUACAUAUUGUAUAUAUACUCCUUUCAUAUUGAUUGAUGGAAAAGCUCACUUCAUAACUGACUGAACUGAAACUGAAUUGAGCUCAUUCCUGGUAACAUUUAACCCCAUCUCUCUGAUCCCAGGUCAGUCGUUAAACCUGCGUAGAGGUUUUUGAUGAAGAGAAACGGGUACACUGACUACAGAUCAGCUGUUCGGGAGGAAAAGGUGGGACUCCACAAAAAUAAUGAAUUUCUUUUAGAUUGUUACGUUACAUCAUUGGUGCUUCCUUUUACCCCUGUUUUCAGCCACACGAAAUCUUGUCAUCUCUUGAUUUAUUUAUUUUUCACCUAAAACUUAAAGAGAUGAUCAAAUGUGUGUCUGUCUGUCCGCCUUCACUGGUCACCGUUCACCUUAAACAUUUUUCUGUGUAGCCCCAUAACUCACCUCACUGCUACCCUCUCUACACACCUCCUCUCACCCUUUCUUUCUCUUUUAGGCCCAGUCUUCCGUUGGUGUUGCUCGUAGACUAGUUAGGGUUUUCUGGAGGUUGUUGGUUCAGGGUACUGUGGGAGGAGACCACUGUGCUGUGAAUAUGUUUUAAGGCAGAGCCAAAAAGACAUUAAACAAACAGAUGGACUUUUUUUUAUUUUAUUUUUUUUGCCCACUACCUCUUGGGGAAUAUCAUACAGAUGAAUUUAAUAUAAAGUUGUCUUUUCUUGCCAGAACAAUUGUCAAAGAUUUCAGCUGCAGAAUUAAACACUGAGAAAAUG